AUGAGCCAAAUCGAGGUACAGCUCAAGGAUGUCGCCAUCCUGGGCGCCGUGAACAACGAGCACCGCAAGAUCCUCACCAAGGAAGCCUGCGCUUUCCUCGCCAUCCUCCACCGCACCUUCAACUCCACCCGCAAAGUCCUGCUCCAGCGCCGGAUCGACCGCCAGGCCGAGAUCGAUAAGGGCCAUCUGCCCGAUUUCCUUCCCGAGACCAAGCACAUUCGCGAGAAUGACGCCUGGAAGGGUGCUCCUCCUGCCCCCGGUCUCGUUGACCGUCGCGUGGAGAUCACUGGUCCCACGGACCGCAAGAUGGUUGUGAACGCGUUGAAUGCGGAUGUCUGGACUUACAUGGCUGAUUUCGAGGAUUCGAGCGCCCCCACCUGGGAGAACAUGAUCAACGGCCAGGUCAACCUGUACGAUGCCAUCCGCCGCCAGAUCGACUUCAAGCAAGGAAACAAGGAGUACAAACUCCGCACCGACCGCAACCUCCCCACCCUGAUUGCUCGUGCUCGCGGCUGGCAUCUGGAUGAGAAGCACUUCACCGUCGAUGGCGAGCCCAUCUCCGGCUCUCUGUUCGACUUUGGUCUCUACUUCUUCCACAACGCCAAGGAGCUCGUCGCCCGCGGCCACGGCCCUUACUUCUACCUGCCCAAGAUGGAGUCUCACCUCGAGGCUAGACUCUGGAACGAUGCCUUUAACCUCGCUCAGGACUACAUUGGCAUGCCCCGCGGCACCAUCCGUGGUACCGUCCUGAUUGAGACCAUCACCGCCGCCUUCGAGAUGGACGAGAUCAUCUACGAGCUGCGGGACCACAGCUCCGGUCUCAACUGCGGCCGUUGGGAUUACAUCUUCUCCUUCAUCAAGAAGUUCCGCAAGCACCCCAACUUUGUCCUCCCCGAUCGCUCCGAUGUCACCAUGACCGUUCCGUUCAUGGAUUCCUACGUCAAGCUCCUCAUCAAGACCUGCCAUCGCCGUGGUGUCCACGCUAUGGGUGGUAUGGCUGCUCAGAUCCCUAUCAAGGACAACGCCGCGGCCAACGACAAGGCUAUGGAGAACGUCCGUGCCGACAAGCUGCGUGAGGUCCGUGCCGGCCACGACGGUACCUGGGUCGCUCACCCCGCUCUCGCCUCCAUUGCCUCCGACGUCUUCAACAAGUACAUGCCCACCCCCAAUCAGCUCUUCGUCCGCCGCGAGGACGUCAGCAUCACCGCCAACGACCUGCUCAACACCAACGUGCCCGGCAAGAUUACCGAGGACGGUAUCCGCAAGAACCUGAACAUCGGUCUCUCCUACAUGGAGGGCUGGCUCCGUGGUGUCGGCUGCAUCCCCAUCAACUACCUGAUGGAGGACGCUGCUACCGCCGAGGUGUCCCGCUCCCAGCUCUGGCAGUGGGUCUACCACCAGGUCACCACCUCCGAGGGCAAGAAGAUCGACAAGGCCUACGCCCUGCGUCUGCUGCAGGAGCAGGCCGACAGCCUCGCUGCCAAGGGCCCCAAGGGCAACAAGUUCCAGCUCGCGGCCCGCUACUUCGCCGGCCAGAUCACCGGUGAGGCCUAUGCGGAUUUCCUGACCAGCCUGCUGUACAACGAGAUCUCGACCCCCGGCACUGCGUCGAAACUGUGA